GGAGAAUGCAAAAUUAGACCUUCACUUCACCGCUAAACACCAUUUGGGUCAUCUAAAUCAAAUCGCGAUUGAUAACAGGGGGCCGUGUUCGCCGUCGAGUAGAGGUUCGAGUUAUUGUGUGAAGUGUGUGCGCUUGGUGGUAUUCUUUCGCGUGAUUCUGUAACCCAUUUUUCUUGAGUAGAAUAUGAAUUGUCAUCAUAUAGGGAUUCAUCGGAGCCUCAUUGCAUUAUAGGAACUGGAAUUUCGUAUUUGGGGUAAAACAAGAAAACUUAAGGCGUGUUUGGCCAUGAAAAUUAGGAAGAGAAAUCAGGGUUGAGAUGCAGAUUGACUGAAAAUGGGUCUGGGAAAUCUGAAGCAAUUGACGCCUUAUAUCAAAGAAGCAUUUCAGCAAACACUACUCGUGGCCAAAUUCCUCUGUGGUAUUCAUGUCACCAACAGCUACAUCUGCACCUUUGCACUCACUCAAGGUCCAAGCAUGCUUCCAACGUUUAAUCUAACCGGUGAUCUCGUUUUGGCUGAAAGGCUCUCCACUCGGUUUGAGAAAAUGCAACGGGGCGAUGUGGUGCUAGUGCGUAGCCCUGAGAACCCGAGAAAGAUUGUGAUAAAGAGACUCAUGGGUAUGGGUGGUGAUACUGUUAGAUAUGUUGUGGAUCAUGCAACUAAUGGAAUAGAAGCUACUGUUGUGGUACCAGAUGGACAUGUUUGGAUUGAAGGGGAUAACAAAUUUCAUACCAAUGAUUCAAGGAAAUUUGGACCUGUUCCUUAUGGACUUGUACAGGGCAGAGUCUUUUGGAUUGUAUGGCCUCCUGAAGAUUUUGGAUCAGUAGGAAGAGAAGUACAGUAAUUCAACCUUUCAAGAUUCGGAGUAUGCUUGUAGAGUACUCUUACAAGCAGGGAUGUUAAACAAUUUACUGAAGAUGGCAAUUUGUGUUGCUGUACUACUAGGUUCAAGGUUGAAGACAGGAUGCCAGAACUGUUAAAUAUAUUUGUCUAAUGCAUUUCUCAUGCUCCAAAGGGUGCACGGUUUGCAUCAUUUAUUCUUGAAGUGUCACUACUAUAAUGCAUUAGCAAGAUUCUAGUCCAAUUGGAACCACAUACAAAACAAUACUUGCCCAAAUGAUCUUUCCAUAUUUUUCUUGUGCCCAAAAAUUGUUUCAACUUCUUUAACAUGUGAAAGCUUCUUUCUAUUACUUAAUGAUCACUUUAUCGUUGUUCUUCUAUUAAAAUAGUCCUUUGGGACUUAUGGACCUAAGGAUUCACGAGGUGAUCAUUUCUCAUCUAACUUUUUAAGCCUUUGCAGUUGGAGUUACCCGAUAUCCGUUUCUGCUGGGAAAUUACAUGUACCUGCUGGACUAGUUAAGGCACAGGCAAGCUUGCCCAUAAAGAAUACAGCAGUACUAUUUUUCUUGUUAAGUAACUGCAGCCUCUAUCCAAAAGUUGGGAAUUGACUGUAUAAUUCACACUGCACUAUUCAGUUCGUUUCAUUUAGACACUUGCAUUAAUGUAAUAAUGGGUCUUCCAAAAGCUUAUUGUAAAUGCAAUGUAUAUUCUAUCCUCCAA